AUGCACAUCAACGUACCUUCCGCGCUCAUUGCUGCUCUCUCUGAUGCUGCCGGGAGGCCAGCAGCAGGCAGCACUGCAACGGGGGAUGGGAAUGAGACUGAUGGUGGGAAUGGCGAUGGGAGUGGGAGUAAGGAGGGAGAGGAGGGAUUGGAGAGGGAUAGGGAGCAGCAGCGCCUGCCGCUGCUGCUUCACCUCUCCACGGACCAAGUCUACGAGGGCACCAAGUCGUUUUACAAGGAGGAUGAUCCGUUGCUGCCAGUGAACACGUACGGGAGGAGCAAGGUGGCAGGGGAGCAGGCCGGGCGCGAGCAGUGGCGGGGCAGCCACGCCAUUCUGCGCAGCAGCAUUAUCGUGGGUCCGCCCCCACCUGUGCCUCUGAAAAAGACCCUGCCGCUGCAGGUGAGAGCCAAGGGGAGUCUUUUUCGAAGUGCCUUAAUCAUCGUGGGUCCGCCUCCACCCGUGCCUCUGAAAAAAACCCUGCCGCUGCAGGCCACCGGACAACACUUCUCAUGGAUGGAUGGAGCACUGCACUCUGCGUUGGCAUCUGCCAACCAGAGUCCUUUUUUUACGAUGAGUACCGCUGCCCCGUCUACGUGCACGACUACCCCCGCAAUGUCCGAGUACUCAUGCAUCGACACGCCCAAGGUGCGUGCCUUGCUGAUUCCGAGUGGAGAUUAG